UUCAGUGCUUUGAUUUAAAGGACGAACGAAGUCCCCAGGGUGCACUACACGUUGAGUUUGUUCGACUGUUCAUGUGCCUUCAAGAUAUGUUAUGGGGAUUUAUGUAAGGAGAACACUUAUUCUCUCUUUGGUUGCGGUGUACGUGGCGGUAACAUUGGGCGCAGGUAUGUACAGCUACAGUUAUUACAACCCAGGGGUAAAUAUGCAGUUCUACAAGUAUGGGCCCUGGUAUUAUCGCCCGAACACGUGUCAGAAACCAGAGACGCCGUGCUACAACUAUGUUCUAACAUUUAUAUCGGACGGAUCUGCUAAUUUAACAAAUCUCCGAGGAUCCCGCAGCAAUGUUUUGGCUCAUCACCGAUUGGCUGGUCGCUCUGAGGCAGACGCCAUAGAGGAGGGAAAGAGAGGAGCCGCAUGGCUGAAGAACAAAUACGGCAUCGAUUUGACCGGGAUACCGGAUGAAGCGUACCUAGAUGGCACCAAGGCAGUGACCAUUGAAAACGGCGCCUUGACCUUCAGCACACUUCACCUCCCACGCACCGCCAUGUACAGACUUGUGACGGCCAGUAGAGGGGAAACUGCAGAAUUUUGCAAUGUACCUAUUUCUGACUCUGGUUGGAUGAUUGCAGUCAAUGAAGAAUUCCAAGCAAGUGGCACAUUCAACAGCAUCCUCCCUAAAGGCGCAAGGUUAUUCUAUGGUGAUUACAUCGUCUCGUUGUGCGAUCACGUGACCGGAUAUGGGACCCACUUCCGCUCUCCGUGUUUCAACGUAUUCCGGAAAGCGAAACUCAUCAUCCAUUUUGAAAACAAGACAUAUACCUCCCUUGGUGAUGUCACUGUGCUGGAUUAUGAUGUGAAGGAGAGCUCCUUGGGGAACGGCCGGGCAAGAGGGGUGAUAUUUACUGAGCCGAAUGAUAAAAUGACCGUCAGAAACGUGCUCACUUUUUCCCGCCUCUAGAUAAAUAUUUCGAUAUAGGCCUACAUGAACGGAAAUGGGAAGCCGCGUACUGCAAUUCCAUAAUCAGUACUACACUAUAUAUGAAGAGUCAUGUUUUUAGAUGCAAUGAUAAAGGGUCUUAUAAGAGGUGGAUAUACUCUCCUGGAAAUAAUAACUGUUUAUAGUUUGUGAGUUAAAGAAUUAAUGUAAGGCAAGUGAAGCGUCAAUUCACGAGAUAAAGAAUACAGUCCUGUUUUUAUAGACUGUUUCUUCUCACUUGGCAAAAAUUAUUUCUUAUGGUGGGUAAAGUGUCACAGUUUUCCGGAUAAUCCAAUUAAAUAGCAAUACUAGGAUAAGGGGCACUAUUGUCUUAAUUACCAUGUACCACCUCACUAAACAGCCCGUAUUAUACAUGUACUUGUAGCUUCCUUACUAGGGCGCAUUUAGAUCAAGUUGAUCCUCAGACUAUCGGAUCAAAUAUGGCAGAUCCACUUGAAUGCUUCCCGCAUAUUUUCCUAUUAGACACUGAGUAA